AUGGCGGCCCUGCAGGCAUACAAAAAUCUUCUGCGCGCAAGCAGGAUAGCCUUUGAAGGCGAUACGAGGAUGCUCGAUGCCGCGAGGCAACAGAUUCGCCGGGAAUUCCGGGAGAAAGCCUCGCUGUCACCUUCAGAUCCGACAGUGCAGCCGGCAAUUCAACACGCCGAGGAAGUUGCCAGUUUUUUGAAGACAAACCUCGUUCAGGGGAGACGGGAAGGGGAUAAGUACAAACUCCGGAUCCACCAAUACACGGAACGAGGCGACAAUGACAGCAUCAAGCUCGGAAAUAAGAACAUCACAGUCGACGGUGGAGUGAAGUGCUGCUCGGAGAGGUAG